ACAGGGCCGCCGGACCCCACGCCGGACCCACGGCCGCCCCGCAGCUCCCCCGCGCGGCCGGUCCGCCCGCCCGCACCUCACCUUGGAAACGGGAUCCGGCGGCCGCCAGCUCGCGGACCCUAGCUGAGCGCACAGCAAACAGCCGCGGCGAGGGGAGGCGUUCGCACCCGCUCACGAGGGGCGCUCCCGGGGCCUUCAAAGGCAGCGCAGCCAGCGCCUGCCGCGGCCUCCUGCUGGGCACGCUUCGGGCCUGCGUGACGAACGCUCGGGAGCCUGGCGUCUCCCAGGGCUGCCCAUAAAAGCACGGGGACCUGCGCCGCGGGAGGAGCGGAGCCCGGGCUGCACGGAGGCGCACAGGCGGGAGGCGGGGCUCGGCUGGGCCAUGCACGCUGCCUCCAUCUUCCCUCCGAGCUUGCUGCUCUGCUGGCUCGCCGCCCCCGCGCCGGCCCAGCCGGAGGCACUUUUCCACAGCCGGGACCACUCGGACCUACGGCCGUCCCCGCGGCGCCGGGCCCAGCCCAUUGCCGACGUCCUCGCGGCGCAGCGAUUCCUCUCCAAAUAUGGCUGGGCGCAAGCACCCCCGGGGACGGGGUCCAUGCCCCCAGCGUCACGCGGUCCCCGCCUUGAGGACCCGCCCAAGGGCCCCGCCAGCACCGCCCUGGCCCAGGCCGUGCGCAGCUUCCAGAAGGUCAACGCGCUGCCGGUGAGCGGGGAGCUGGAUGCGGCCACGCUGGAGGCCAUGAACAGGCCGCGCUGCGGCGUCCCCGACACGCGGCCCCUGCUGCCCGCAGCCCUGUCGCGCCCGCUGCCCCGGGCCCGCCCCCGGCGCUUCCUGCAGACGCUGCUUCCCGCGCCCGGCCCUCCCCAGGACGCCCCGCACGGUGGGGGCGCCUGGGCCUUCUCCAAAAAGACCCUGACGUGGAGGCUGGUGCGGGAGGGCUACAGCAGCCAGCUCUCCGUGGACGAGCAGAGGUACAUCUUCAGACUGGCCUUCAGGAUGUGGAGCGAGGUGAUGCCGCUGGACUUCCAGGAGGAUCUCACCUCACCGGAAGCCAUGGUUGACAUAAAACUGGGUUUUGGCCGAGGCCGGCACCUGGGCUGUCCUCGGGUGUUUGACGGCAGUGGACAGGAGUUUGCACAUGCCUGGCGCCUGGGCGAUAUCCACUUUGACGAUGACGAGCACUUCACACCUCCCACCAGUGACGUGGGCAUCAGCCUUCUCAAAGUGGCUGUCCAUGAAAUUGGCCAUGUCCUCGGCUUGCCCCACACCUACAGGACAGGAUCCAUAAUGCAGCCAAAUUAUAUAUCCCAGGAGCCUGCAUUUGAGUUGGACUGGCUGGACAGAAAAGCAGUUCAAAAGCUGUACGGUUCCUGUGAAGGAUCAUUUGAUGCUGUAUUUGACUGGAUUCGCAAAGAGAGAACCCAACGCGGAGACGUGAUGAGAUUCAGCACAUAUUUUUUCCGCAGCAGCUGGUACUGGCUUUAUGAAAAUAGAAACAACCGGACUCGCUACGGGGACCCGAUCCAAAUCCUCACUGGCUGGCGUGGAAUCCCAGCCCAAAACAUAGACGCGUUUGUCCACAUCUGGACAUGGAGAAGAGAUGAACGUUAUUUUUUUAAAGGAAAUCAAUACUGGAGAUAUGACAAUGACAAGGAUCAGGCCCACACAGAAGAUGAACAAGGAAAAAGCUACCCUAAAUUGAUUUCAGAAGGAUUUCCUGGCAUCCCAAGUCCCCUGGACACCGCCUUUUAUGACCGAAGAAAGCAGUUAAUUUAUUUCUUCAAAGAGUCCUUUGUGUUUGCAUUUGACAUCAAUAGAAAUCAAGUACUUGAUUCUUACCCGAUGAAGAUUAUGAAAGCUUUUCCAGGAAUAGAGCCACAAAACCAUCCUUUCAGAAAUAUAGAUUCAGCCUACUACUCCUAUGCACACAACUCCAUCUUCUUCUUCAAAGGCAGCACGUACUGGAAGGUAGUUAACGACAAGGACAAACAGCAGCGUCCCUGGCUUCCUUCAGAUGGCUUGUUCCCAAAGCAGUCUAUCUCUGAGCAGUGGUUUGAUGUUUGCAACGUCCAUACCUCCACCCUGAACAUGUGAGGACAAAGACAGGCAAAUGGAGAGUCAAGGGACUUCUCUUUAAGAGAAAGGUCUCAUUUCUUUUACAAAGAAAAGAAACCAGAUUUCUCAGUAACCAAAGCAAAUAGGUGUCCCUCGGUUAAAAGUUAAUGGGAAAAGCGUAAUUUCAACUUUAAAAAUACUUGACUUAAAAAUAAAUUUCUCAGGUAAAAGAAUUCACCAAAUAGGUUUAUAAAAUUUAUAGGUUAAAAAAAAAAAACUCUGAGAAUCCCUGGCUUUGCUUUCCACUCUCUGGGGCUCUGCAGCCACUUUUCCAACAGCCCCCCACCCCCCACCCCAAGCCAUGGAAAGAUGGGGAGGCAGCCAUAGUCAUGGGGCCCUUCACUGAAGCAAAUGCCACUCCCUAAGGGUACAGAAAUGAUGUUCUGCACUGAAAACUAGGGAUUCCGUGAAAUGGUCACAGAAUUCAGAUUAACUACACCUCUAAACCUGUAAUACUGAUUUGUGUGUUUCUAGUAGCUGACCGUGUACAAAGGUUUUCCACCUAUUUUUCUUGAUCCUCACUGUUCUGGCAGUGUCAGGGCAGACCAGACCGCAUUUCCAGUCCAAACACGGAGUUCACAGCUGUGCCCCGCCAUGGGUCAGUGCAGUGGCGCUCUUGACCCCGGCCUCCAUCCCCAGCCCAGCGCCCUCGGGCUCUCCGUUCCUGUGGUGCCCUUUAGUUUGAACACAGGCCUGCAUCCAAAUGGUUGUGCACAUGGCAGAUUUCUGGUUCACUGUAACUCAUAUAAUGUGCUCCUCCCACUUCAAAGCAGGAAAUACAUUUAUAUGGCAGCUUAUUUAUGUUCUGAGGCCUAGACUACCAAAACAAUUCUUGAAGCUAACUGGGUAUUUUCCUUUAUCAGUUAGCUCUAGGAUGGCAUUAUGUCCCUUUGACUUUUACCUACUAUAGCCAUUACCUCUUCUCAACAUGAACAAAAACCCCACUGUCAUAUGUAAUGCUGUGGACACAAUUUGGGCACUGAAAUUAACUCAGACAGCUGUCUUGACAAUGAGCCCACAAAUACAAUUCUUCUAAAGUAACAGCUAAAACACAAGUACUUUAAGAAGCUGUAGUUAAAACCAAAUUACAAAACAUUUUAAAAGGCCUUUUUUUUCCUCUAGGAAUUUUCGUAUUAUUGCUUUGACAGGGAAAAUAGCUAUAAUUUAUAUGUUCUUGCUUAAAAACAAAUUUCUCUCUUGACUGAAAGGCCAAGGAGAGAGGCUAGAAGACAACUCUAAUACUCCUAACUCUGGCUUAUUUCCAAAGUAGAAAAUCCUUUUUGAAUUUAUUAACCCAAAAUUGGAUAUAAUGAGUGGCAGUUCAGGGCUAUCAGAGCAGCACAGUGUCAUUCCCCGUGUGCCUGCUGCAUUAGAAACAGAGUGACAGCCGUCUUGGUAUGAGACCCUGCUGAUUUUGCACCACCCCUUUAUAGUUGAAUCAAACUUUAAAUGCCUCCAUGAUUAAUUCUGGAAGAUUGAUGCAAGUCCAUCCCAAGGACAACACAAACUAACAAGGAAGUGGACAAAUGGCAAGAGAGAGUUCUGCCAAGCCAUGACAGGUACCACCUCUUUCUCAAAGAAAACAACUAAAACUCAAAGUGUAUGAGAAAGUAGUUUGUGAAAGCAGUUAGCUUAAAACAAAUUUAUUCCAAUCAUCUGGCACAUCUGUUUCCUUCGAGUAGUAGCUGACAAGUGGAGGGGCUGCCAGCCCACGUGUAGGGUGCCUGGGGUGAAAAUAACCUGCAGACAGCACGGAAGGGGAUUGUCAGCAGCAUCUCUUCCUAUGUUCAGGACCAGGCCAGCAGACGCAGAGGCAGGGCCAGCUUCUCUACAGGGCAUCAUGCAUAUAAGUCUCAACUGACAACCCAACAGGAAAGUGUAUGCUUCAUUUCUAUAUUGUAUUAUCAUUCUUGAACUCAAGGUUAACUGUGACAGGACAAGUACAGCGUCAUACACUGUAGGCACUGGAAAAAUAGAGUGCGUGUAUGAAACUGGACAAGAGCCAUGCAACGGCAAGGCAGAAUAUUCUAGUGAGAAUUCAGUAAAUGACAGUUUAUUUUUUGUUUUAAUCUUUACUUUUUAAAAUUUAUUAGUUAAACCAAUUCAAAACUCAGUAUGAACAAUGUGAAGUGGAAAAAUACAAAGACAUUUUAAAUAAAUAAUUUAUUUAUUCAAAAUAGUGUUCUUACCUUAUUCACAGUUUCAAGUUUAAAAUGAAAAAAGGGGGAGGGGGGUAGUACCUAUUUUUGAUCAAUUGCCAUACAAAGUCAAAGAAAAGUGGAUGGAUCCCUUCAGAACAUGCACUAAAUAGAAUUGCACAAUGGCCAGUCUUAGAAAA